AUGCAAGCGAAACCCGACAUCCCACUAGGCACCUUACGAAUCACCAACAACUCAUCCCAGAUGGGUGGUUUCUGCACUGUACAACCAACAGCCAGUAAAAAACGAAAACGAACAUCACAGCAGAACGAACUUCCAGAUGCCGAAGCAAUACUACCAGAUGGCGCAGAUGACAGUACGAAGUCAAGAAGGGUCAAUCCUCACCAUCUGGCUGCUCGGCUUGGACCUGAUCUCGUUCGCGAAAUGGAAGUACACAUCAAACCAGGCGCAUAUAUGCCGUCUUUUCCAAUCAGGAAGGACCUUCAAGAGCGUUACAACGUCGACCGUCGUCAUUUGUAUGAUUACUUCCAUUCAAGAGGUCUUCGGGUCGCCAAAGAGGAGAGAUUCAACAAUCUCACUAGAAGUAGGAUGCAGAAGGCUCAACUCGCUGCCUCUGUGGCAGAGACAGACAACUCGGCUUCCACCCGACCAGCGAAGACAAACCGGAAGCGACGCGCCAAGGCGAAACGUACAAUCUUAGCUCCUAUUACUACGAACGCUACUGUAUCGGCUCCGAACGUGAACGCAAAUGCUGACUCUGGUGGCGCCCAAAAAUGCUCUGAUUCUCCAGGUCGUCCUUUGAAAGAGUCUGGCCUUCCUAAUUCUCCAACGUCGACUCCUCGCAUUAAUGCAUCUCCGCUGCGUUCCCUUGAUAUUGCCGAUGUUUACACGCCUCGACCCGACACGCCUUAUAACCCUAGCGAUGAACCUGAACCUUCUUCCGUUCGAUGCGAAAAUUUUUCUUCUUCGGCGCUGUCCUAUCCUAGCGAAACAUUUGAUUCUUCCUUGCCUCCUCGCGAAAGAUCCUUCCCACCUGCUGCAUUGUCAUACCCUAAAUUAUCGGAGCCAAGCACCGCAGCACCUUCCCUCAACUCUUCCCUCGAAAUAUCUCCUGCAUCUUGUGGUACAUUAGACAAUUCUGGUACCUUGAUCCCUGCGCCAGACGAAUGUUUUUCUCCUUUCGAUCCCGUCAUUGAGAUGGAUACAACUGACUACCUGGCACUAUUUGAUUAUGACAACUUCUGUCCUCAGUCGGCCUGUGACGAGAGUAGCCAAUUGAUGCCACCUGAAGGCCAGAUUCUGGAGCCAGAACAGAAAGCACAUCUCUACGAACUGAUUAAUCGAGCUGCAAAGUUCUCUGAUCAGGCGCAGCAGUCACUUGGCACGUAUAAAGCAUACAUGGAACUACGGAGGCGCGUUUACUACGAUGCAUUGAGUCCAGGAGACGAAUUGCAUUGUAAAGAACAAAGUGAAGGGGCCGCAAGUAGCGUUGACUUGUUCAAUUUUACAGAAGUUGACGUCGGGAAUUGGAUCCAUGCGGUAUUCAUUGACGAGCCAUUUCGUGUAAGUGCUAGCCCUCAUCCCUCGACUGCCUAUGGCCGUCCCUUGCCGGGCUUCGCUCCCCGUUUAUCCAUUCCAGACGUCAUGGCCUCAUCCGCUUGCAUCCCUUUUAACACAUUUACCAAGCAAGCUUUACCGGGGUACAUCUCUUGGCCAGGAUCUAUUAGCGAGACCGAAAGACGGCAUGAAUCUGCACUGCACGGACGGUUUGUACGGCCAGAUGUUUUCUCCGUCGGCUCUGGCUAUCGAAGCAGACCGAUGAGAGCGAGAUCUAUGUCUACUGGCGGUGGUAUUUGAAGGAAGAAGAUGGGAUGUUCUGUAUGCGCCGAUAUGGCUUCGUGGUAAAACUCCGUUCCUCAUGAUAUCCGCAUGCGAUCGCCCGUUCUAUACGUCUAUGUACACGAUGUCUCUCGCUCGGAACUUGUCAAAGACACAUGGUUCUACCGGAAUAUUAGACACCUCGGUACGUCUAGGACAGGUAGAAG